GUGAAAUAUACGUCACAAGCGUGUAGCUAGGAAACAUCAUCAUAGCCAACGCAUAAAAAUGUCUUCAAGAUCCUAGAAGUUUUAUCAUGAUAUUGUUUGUUUGAGAUAAGUGCUUGAAUGUUUUCAAAUGACUAUUUCGGACAUAAUCGAUAAACAAAUCUCAGUGAAGUUUGUAGGCGCUGGGUGGAUUACCUGUGCUAUUGGGAGAGGUCAUGGAACGAAGCAACUGCAUUGUCAAAAACAAAAAGGAUUCUUGCAGUUUUCAAUUGGAUUUUUUCGCCAUACACUCCACUUCGAGGCUCUAUAUAUUUGUACCAGAUAUCCUUGGUGAAAAGUGAAGAACAUGGAUAUCGCAACCCUCGUGAAAAUCUCUGACCUGCGGAAAGUAAGUACCUACUUCAAAACAUGUACAAUUAAAAAUAAACAGAUGUGCUCA